AUGGAGGGUAAAGAGGAAAACCUUGAAACUCAACCAGAUCUGAACAAAUAUAUAUCCAAUUUAUUAGUUACGGGAGACAAGAUAACAGAAAAGAGAACACAGAAACUUUCUUUAUUCGAAGAACAAAAUCAGAUUUUUAUAGCAAAAGUGAAGGUAGAAGGUGAUGCAAGUGCAUACAUUCUUAAAAAUUUCGAGGAAUUUUCAACUAAAAAAUCGAUUCUUUCAUUCCUUUCAUUUCCAUUUUAUAAAGAUUGCGUGUUUUUUGAAACAAACGACAAAGAACAAUUCGAGAUAGAUUUUUCUAAGAAUCCAUUCGAAUAUGUCGACAAAGAUUGGUUUAAUCAGAGAUUUUGCAAUUUUCCAGAAAGCCAUUACAUAGAUAUUAAAGAUAGAGUAUAUGGAAAGUAUACAAAUCCUCCAUACGACGAAGAUACCUGUGAAGUUUUAUGUUUUAGCCCAGAUUUGAAGCGCGCCAUAAUUCGAAUUCUACCAAGGCUUUCAAUUCCAAGCCUAAAUAUAACGCCAGAUAAACAAAUGCCUCUUGAUGUCAAAUUUCUCCGUAAAAACAAGAUAAAAUAUUUAAAUGCAGAAGUUCCAACUUCAUUUGAUUCGAUGUAUUCAUGCAAUGGAAUGAUAUUUCAAGAUAGUUACUUUGUAAAUCCAACGGCAAUAAUGAAAGUUGAUGCAUCAACCCUUAAAAUAUACGGCCGCUUUGAUUUAGAAGAAAUUAAGAAGUUAGAACCCCCAUUACGACCUCAUUUAAGUAAAUUUACAGAACCAAAGAAACCAGCACCAUUUAGAGCAGGUGAACAUCUUGCAAGACAAAAGAAAGAAAAAGAGAAAAAAGAAAAAUUAGCAAAUGAUGAAGCAAACGACACAGAAAACAAAGAAGAAACAGAAAAUGAUGAAAAGGUUGAUGCUCCAAUUCCUCAAAUAGCAGAAACUAUGAAUGAAAAUUCAGAAUCCGAAAAUAAUGAAGAAAAACCACAGAAACAAUCUCAUAAAUCAAGGAAACGUAAAAAAUCAGAUAAAGUUGCUAAUUCAACUUCAUCGUCACAGAAAUCAAAACCGAAAUCUGACCAUACUGAAAAGAAAACAUCAGGAACAAAGAUCCAACAAAAAGUAUAUCAAGAAAUUAUGAAUACUAUUGAAACUCCAUUUAAUUGUUCAGUUUUGCAACAAAAAGAAAGAGCAAAAUCUGAUAUUGCUUUGCCAUACGAGAUUAGAUUUAAUCAUGAGUAUAAAACCAUUACCCCUGAACUGUAUUCACUUGUUGAACUCCCUACAAACGAAUUUGCUGUUGUUACUAACGUAGAUUCGGAAAAAGAACUCAUAAAUUGUCUUCUUUUUAUAAAUAGAACGGUUGCGGUUCCCACAGAUUGUGAACUUCCUUUAUCCAAAGACGAUAACACAGUCCACGAUAGAAGAGGACUUAGAGUUUUCCCUGGAGAUGUUGUUCAAAUACAAUGUGGUGAUUACAAAGGUUUUAUGGGGACAGUAACCCAUACAAAGUGUAAUAGAGUGUUUGCUCUAUUCUCUGCUGGUGGAAAUACAUCAGGAAUUCAUUUGUUUGCUAGUGGCCGAGAGAUCGAUUUAAUCGAAGAUGAUAUGGGCCCUAUAGAUGUGUAA